UAAUGAGCACGAUUAAUGAGCGCACGACGGCAGGCAUGCUGCACCAAAGAACAGGUUCUCGUCGAGACAGGUUGUUUGUCGGGUGACAAUAAAGAAAGAAUGUCGAAGUCAGGGAGCAUCAAAGAUGGCGAGAAGGGGCCCUACGACCCGGUCCCUACCGCCGAAAAGGCUAACGACGAGAUCAAGCUGGAGGCGAAAAUGUCACUUCUCAACGGUGUCACCGUCAUUGUCGGUUCUAUCAUCGGUUCCGGCAUUUUCGUCAGCCCGACGGGUGUCCUCAAGUAUACCGGAAGUGUGAACGCGAGUCUUCUCGUUUGGACGGCGUCCGGGAUUUAUUCCAUGAUAGGGGCUUACUGCUACGCCGAGCUCGGCUGCAUGAUUAAGAAAUCGGGGGCGGAUUACGCGUACAUCAUGGAGACCUUCGGGCCCUUCCUGGCGUUCAUCAGACUGUGGGUCGAGUGCAUGAUAGUACGCCCUUGCAGCCAGGCCAUCGUGGCCUUGACUUUCAGCGUCUACGUCCUCAAGCCGCUUUUCCCGGACUGCACGCCGCCCGAUGACUCCGUAAGAAUGCUCGCCGUCUGCUGCAUAUGUAUUCUCGCUUUCAUAAAUUGCUGGGACGUCAAAUGGGCGACGAGGGUGCAGGACGUCUUCACGUAUGCGAAACUACUCGCGCUUUUCAUAAUAAUCUUCACUGGAGCGUAUCAGCUCUUCACCGGACACACGCAGUAUUUCACGUUUGACAACAGCAACACGGAAGUCACGUCUAUAGCCCUCAGUUUUUAUUCAGGCCUGUUCGCUUACAACGGCUGGAACUACUUGAACUUCAUAAUUGAAGAACUGAAGGACCCCGUUAGGAAUCUACCGAAGGCCAUCGGCAUCUCGUGCGCACUCGUUACGAUCGUCUACGUCCUUACGAACAUGGCUUUUUACACGACCCUCAGCCCCGUCGAAGUGCUCGGUAGCGAAGCCGUGGCAGUGACAUACGCAAAUAGAUUGUUCGGCGUGAUGGCGUGGACGAUACCGGUUUUCGUGGCUCUAUCUACAUUCGGCGCGGUUAACGGCAUUCUACUCACGUCCUCGCGGCUCUUCUACGCGGGUGCCUGCGAGGGUCAGAUGCCAGAGAUACUGACGAUGAUCCAAAUUAACAGGUUGACACCUGCGCCCGCCGUAAUUUGCAUGGUAAACCGCUCUUCCCUCUAAUUUGUAGGCUUAUCUUACCGCGAACUCAGCAUAGGUGUCUCCGUGCUGUGCCUUCCGUGGCUCAGGUGGACCCAGCCGAACUUGGCGCGGCCGAUCAAGGUGAAUCUCAUCUUUCCGAUCUUCUACAUCCUGGCCACGCUUUUCGUUACAAUUGUACCGAUGUACGCGAGUCCCGUCGAAACUGGAUACGGCUGUCUAAUGAUACUCUCCUCCAUACCUGUCUACCUCAUGUUCAUCGCAUGGAAAAACAAGCCGAAAUUCUUCCAAAGGAAAGUCGUAAGCACGACAAGGUUUUUGCAGAAGAUAAUGCUGGUGGUCGGCAAAGCGAAACCCGCUCAGGUGUAAACAGUCAAGACGAAUCGGAUCGAGAUCGAAACGACGAAGGCGAGACUUUUCUGGACCCGGAAAUCACGGAGGAUUUUCGUCGAUCUUUGAGUUGGCGAUGACCGUCUCUUCCUCCUAUGGAAAAAAAACCCACGAUUGGGAGCGAGAUCGGUUGGCAGAUAGACUCUUCUAGAUUGAAAAGCGUCCUGAAACAAGAGGCAGCCAUAUCGUAUCGGGACGCCGAAGGGAAAGAAAUUAGGGCGAAAUGGCUCGUCUUCCUGAUUCGGAUCUCGUCCUUGGCGAACUCCUAUUGAGAUCUGCCCGCCCAGUUAGGAGAUUUCGAAGCAAGGCUGUUGUCUCUCGUUCGAUUUCACGACGAAGGGAUAUGCGCGAAGACACGUCUGCACGCUUCUGAAUUAAUUUUACUCGACAGUAAGCAUCGAAUAAAAUUAAUCAAGUUUUUUUGCUUUCGCAAAGAUAAGUUAAAUAUAAUCGAUAUAAUUAUUUUAUAUUAGUGCUGUCAGUAUGCAAUGCCACUAUUUCUUUUUAUAUAACAGACAACAUCCGAGUAAUAAAUCUUCAAUAAUUUGCUCGAGCACAGAAUAGAAUAAUAAUUACAGAAAAAUUUGCAAAAUAAAUUGAAUAUUGAGUAUUUCUAGAUUAUCUGGUUAAAAUAAUUGAUUACUUGGAUAUCUCGGGGACACGAUUAAUCCACCGCGAAUACUGAUAGCGCUAUUAUUAUGCGGUGUGUCAUAAGGAACUUUUUUUAAAUAUCAAUUACACCAUUGUAAAUCCGGCAUAUUCGGAUUAUCAUUUAUCGCCGUCGUGACAUGAUUUCCGUCACGAUUAAAUUUGAUCAAUCUCCUACGGAGAUUGGGAAUAAUAAUGCGCAGCGCAUUAUGAAAAUUAUGCGAAACUUUAAUUCUAAAAGUUUUAAUUCUAAUUAAUUUGAGAAACUAGUUUUUAAUUGAUCUUAAACGAGGAACGCACGUGUGCGAAUUAUAUUGAUGACGCAAGCCUUCUUCCUCGAAUUAGAUUAAUUACUAUGUCCAUAAGCAAGCAGAGGAGAGCUCGAUAAAUUAUUAAACGCGAUUCUAAUGUAUACUAUGAAUCAAAAUCGCGUCUAAGAUAUGUGUAUACUUCUAAAUAGCCUACAAGCAAUACACGUAUCGUAUUCGGGACGGGAGAAAGAAACGAUCGCGUGAGGGGUUUCAUCGCGAUUAUAUCUUUCUCCGUGCGGUGAUCUGUGCUAAAAACCAACGGAGGAGUUGAAUUAAAAAAAUCCGACGUGCCAGAAAGGUUGAGAUAACGAUCCAAGUGUCACUGUAGUUAAUUAAGCACUGUUUAAGCUAUUAGUCUUACCAUUAGUCGUAGCGCGUUCGAUAGACGUUGUUUGCUGUAUGUAUAUCUCUCGUGAUCCUCGUUGCCUGUUCUUCGUUGUCUCAACGCCGUUGUGAGUUUUGGCACUCGGACGCGUUUGUAAUUUGACUCGAGCCGAGAAUCGUCCGUAUACACGCUGGCGAACAUUCCAUACAUUUACGGUGCCGCUUCCUUUCGUUUCACACGCAUCCGCGAACCGUUUCGUUUUAGAUUAAAACUAGGGAUGCAAAUAUCCGGAAACGAUAUCAUUCCUGUACAUUCAUGUUCGAUGAUGCCUCAAUAUCCGUGGAAAAUACUCUUCCACGGUUUCUUUUUGCAGAGGCAGCAUAACGCGAUAACGUUUUCAAUUAUACUGAAUAGUCAAAGCGUGGCGCAAAUUCGCUUUAAGAGAAAAGAGACUUUAGGAAAUUACUGAAGAAGGAAGAACGAAAAAACUGUGAUUAAAUGUAGACGCUAACUUGUAUA